UGCAAAAGAAAAACGUCAAACGUGAUUAUCGUUUUCGGCAAAUAAAAACCACAAGCAGGCAUUACAAAAUUAUUUCAAAGUUUUUUUUAAAUUGUUUUGUUAGGAAAAAUAUAUUUGUGAUUACAAAGGCAAAAUAUACAAAAGGAAAAAAACUCUAAAAUAAAACGAAAAUAAUAAGAAUUAAAUUAUGGCACAUGCCACCAAACAAGGACCCCAACUGUUAAAUGGUUUCAAACGUGUAACCCGUUUCGAAAAGGGUUUGGGCGCUCAAUUACCCGAAGCCUAUAAGAAAUUCUGGCGUGAAUGGAAAGUUCAACAACCGGCUGCUGUUCACUAUAUACCCAAAGAGGGUAAAUGGGAACGCGAUGAGGUGACAGGAGAAAUUAAGCCAAUACAAAAUAUUCCUUUGCCUUUAAUUGAUACCCCAGAGAGUCAUAAGGGUAUUUGGGGUGGUGAGGCUGUCAUUAAGGGUUUUCAAAAGCGUGAGCGUCUAAAGCGUCGUGUACCUCACUUCUGGGUGCCAGUUUUACGUCGCUCCGUGGUACACAGUCAAGUUUUAAAUGAGUAUAUGUCAAUGGUGGUGACUGAUCGUACUAUUGAAAAGAUUCACGAGUGUCAUGGUUUCGAUCAUUAUCUAUUGAAGGUAAGUGACAUGAUUAAAGUCUUUGUUGUAGUUAUUUUUUAUGCAUUUUAUGAAUUUAUUUUGCUUUUAAAUUGCGACCUCAUUUGUUUAUGUAUUUAAUAAUGGGAUGCAGAU